AAAAGAAACCGAUGGCUUAUCUUCAGUGAUAAGACUGUUGUGUUCAACGUUACUGUCGUAUUAUUUCAAUCCGACUCUCCUGGUUCUCACGACCUUAUAUGAUGUUUAAUACUAUUUUUUCUGCAACUUUACUGCUCUGCUUGGCCCACGCAGUUGUCGCCGUUUGCCCGGACGGAUGGACAAAGUAUGACACGUCGUGUUACGCCCUGUAUCAAGGCAAGACGGCGUGGAUAGAAGCAGGGUCGUUUUGCCGUGAGUUCGGGGGGAACCUUGCAACGCUGAACACCACGGACAAAGUGAAGAACGUCAAAGCAUUCCUUAAUUAUGUAAAUCAUAAAGCCAGUGCCUGGGUUGGCGGGAGUGACCUGAGGUCAGAAGGGAUGUGGGUCUGGGACAUUGACCAAGCCAGCUUUACAAACACCGACUGGUCUCCAGGGCAACCGGACUCAAAAGUAGGUGAAGAAGACUGUCUCCUGCUUCAUCAACCAAGUAGCUUCAAAUGGCACGACGCUACAUGUACUUCUCAAUACGACUAUCUCUGCGAGAGAAGGUCGACCAGUGCCAUAUAAAAAAACAGUUUCAAGAAACAGAUUAAACUGGCUGCACACUGUCUUCAUGAUUACGUCACUGUUGAGAUUAAAUUCACCGCCAAUUA